AUAUGGCAAGGGACACUGAAAUAUUUAUAUAAAAAUAACCCAUCUUUGUCAUUGUCUUACCUGCUGAUAUUAAUUAACUUGAUAAAUAGACUACCCAGCUAAUCUGAUACUGCAAAUCAAAUUUCACAAAAACACAGAGUAGCCCAGAAAAUAAGUUCCCCAACCACAAGCUUUUCAAUUGGUAAUACUACUAAUUCUACUACUGCUACAAUGCCAGAACCAGCUUCCAUAACAAAAGAAGAAUUAACAUCAAAGCUAGUUCAAGAACUGACAAAAAAUGGUGAUGAAAUACCAGAGAUAUACCUCCACAAAGAUGGUUUCCCUGAAGCCAUUGAUGCCCCUGAAUUGUGGAGGGAUAAUCUGCUCAUUGAUUUUUCACUCCUCUCUUCCUCGACACAGGAACUCGCAAAGCUUCAGUCAGCCCUUUCUGAAUGGGGUUGCUUUCAGGUCAUAAAUCAUGGGAUGGACACCUCAUUCCUUGAAGAGUUGAUUGAAGUUUCUAAACAAUUCUUCGCGCUUCCCCUAGAAGAGAAGCUCAAGUGCUCUGCAGCAGAUGAUGUUUUCCAAGGGUAUGGAAGUGAUUCAGUUUUUGCAGGGGCUCAAACUAUCAAUUGGAAUGACAGGCUAUUUCUUACACUUUACCCAGAGAAAAAGCGGAAGCUCCAAUUCAGGCCAACAAAGCCGGAGAAAUUUGGGGGAAUGAUAGAUGAGUACUCAAAUAAGCUGGCAGCAAUGACUGAGGGUUUCUAUAAGGCAAUGGCAAGGUCACUGAACUUAGAAGAAGACUGCUUCUUAAAACAUCAAGGGAAGCAAGGACCAAUAACCGGAAGAAUCACCCUGUAUCCUCGUUGCCCAUGCCCUGAGCGUGUUCUUGGGCUCAAACCACAUUCAGAUGGUGCAACAAUGACAUUUCUCUUACCAGAUAAAGAGGUUGAAGGUCUACAAGUCUUGAAAGACAAUCUCUGGUAUAGGGUACCAGUCAUUCCAGGAGCCUUGUUCGUCAACUUUGGUGACUUAGGAGAGGUUAUGACUAACGGGGAAUUCAAGAGCGUAAUACAUAGGGUGGUAACAAACGCUGCGAAAGACAGGAUAUCAGUGGCCGCAUUUUGCACUCCAGAAGAUGAAAAGGAAAUUGGACCAGUCAAUGAAUUGGUCAGUAUUCAUCAGCAACAAAACUAUAAAAGGUUCAACAUCCAUGAGUUUAGGCAGAUUUUCUUUGAGAGCUAUGCGCAAGGGCGCAGAACAAUAGAUGCGCUGAAGCUUUAGUAUCAAAACGAUUGUUUCUGAGGAAAAACAAAUAAUUAUGGAAUGUAUUUUAUAUUGAAUCGAUUCAGUUUUGGAAUUGAUAUUUAUAGACAUCUGUAUGGUCACGCUUUUAAAAGUUAAAUUCCAAUUCAUGUCAGUAUUUGAUAA